UUCAAGUAAACAAACUUUGUGCCGAAAAAAUAGGUGAUGUGGCAAACACCUACCGGUUAAUCUUCCGAUACCAAGGGUUCCGCCGUGAAUCGGCGGAGCACCGUCGUUGUGUCGUACUUUAUUCUUCUCACGAAGCAGAGAUGUGGCGGAGCACCGUAUUUCCGGAAAAUGAGAAUUCUGAUCAGAGUAUAUCAGAGGAUGAUGAUUUGAGUGAAGAGUUGGUAGAAGAUCAUGUAUCACUGGGGAAUCCAGCUGAAAAGAAGGGUGAAGUACAAAUUCUUUCUCAGCUUGAUAUGCUUAGAGCAGAUGCUAAUGAAGUCAUUCAUGAAAGAAAUCAAACUAGUUUACUGUGUACGAGGCAAAUUGAUACCUGUGUUGAAGAUGAUGUCGAAUUCCCAAAUUUUGUCAACAAGGACGAAAUCACAUGCAUCUUGGGGGAAGCUUCUGCAUGUGAUUCUGAUGAAGAAAUUCUCUUUAAAAAUCAGGGGACAGGGGACUGCAUGCAGUUGAGUACAAGCUUCACUUCUGAGGCUGAUAAUGAUAACUACCAGAAUAUAAACCCUUUUACUUCUGGCGGAAAUAGAAAAGGUGUUUGCACUUGGCUUGCAGAAAAUGCAGAUAUUAACGUGACUGAUAAUUGUGCUUCAUUCCAUUCUUUAUCUUCCAAACUAAAGAGGUCAUCUAAAGGUGGCCAAGGCAAAGCCAAACACAAGUUUUCUAUUCGAACACUGUCACAUAACGACAAUUUAAAUAAAGAUUCAAGUGAUGUGUACGAAAGUCACACAUCAGUUAAGGAAAAAGAGAUGGAUGGGAUGACGAAUUCUAUGACGCCAGCUAGAUUUCCGAUUUCACAUACUCAUUCCUCGACUUCAGUAGCAGAGCUCCUUUUACGGGUUCAAGAUGAACAUGAUCUACCUGAAGGAAGUACUAUAAAUGUAGCUCUUGUAAGCUACGAUAAAACAAAAGGCCAAUCCAAAGAACGAGCUGUCAAGAGACGUGUAUUGUCAACGGAUCAUAGUGACAUCGAUGAUGACCCUGAUUGUUUAGACAGUGAUUCAUCAGAAGAUAACGAGUAUAACCAUCAAAUUCAAGAGCUUAUCAUGCCAGAAUCCAAACAAAAGACUAUAGCUGAUCAAUUUCAUGAAGCUUUAGGUGCUGCUUCUACAAAUGAAGAUGAUCCCGUGUAUGCAGCUCCUCAACGUACAGGUUUUGGUUUAUUUGGAAAGUUGAAGCGAGUGAUGCAGAGUGAGAAGGAAAAAGAUUCGAUCUUUUUGAACAAGUUAUGUAACGAAGAAUAUGUUUUAUCUAGACAUCUGGAAAGUGACCAACUUCAGGCCUUUAUGAAUUCAGAUGAAGCGGGUUGUCUGGAUGUGAAGAUACUGUCGAAGACUCUUGAAGGAAAGCUGACUGUUUGUUUAUGUUCUUCCGUUGAAGAUGACGAGAGUUCAACAAGUAUAGAUAACAAUCUAAGCAUUGUAAAAAGGAAGAAUACGACGAUCAUCUUUAGCUCAAGAGUAUGUAGUGACGUAGAGCUUGAUGUUGGAACACUGGUUCGAAUACACCCUCCCUGGAAAGAGGUAAGCAUAAAGGGGAAAGAUGAGACCGCGAUUUUAUCUACAUAUUUCUCUCAGAUUUGAGCAAUACACAGAACAAGUAGAAUUAUUUACCGUGUAAUUGUUGUAAUAGUAGUUCUCUUUAGAAUCAGGUUAGAUCGAAAGUUGUAAAGAAAUGGACGUGUUGGAUAAACAGGUCGGGUUGACUCGUAUACACGAUCUAUCUUAUGUGGAAUAAUUUAGGUA